AUGUUCGGCCUCAAGUUCAUCGUCCUCUCCCUCUCGGUGCUUAUAAGCCGAGCCCUCGCCAUCAACGUGAUUCUCUUCGCGAAGGGCCCCAAGAUGCCAAAGGAGGUGACAAAGGAAUGGGCGAUCCCAGUAAACUCAUGCGACAAACCAGAGAAGACCAUCGUUGAGAAGAUGGGUAGCUGGUCCAAAAACAAGUAUACAGCUCAGAUGGGUACCGGCCAAAACGCACGGGUCGUCGUCAAGCCCACUAAGGAACCAGACACGGAAGCUGCUGCCAUCCAGAUGCUCAAGGACAUGGACAGCAUUUUGGCCAAGAAUACCAAGAAGGGGUGGUGCGACAAGCUCGUUGACAAAUUCAAGGGGGGCAAAAAGGAAACUAAGAAAGGUAAAGGGAAGCGGAUGGCUAUGCGCAGGCGAAAUGCCAGAGCCCGACGAGGCUACAAGGCCAAACGAGGCUCGAGAGGUUACUAG